CAUUGACCAAGUUGAAUUUUGAUGCUGAUAUUUGUCAGAAAAUUCCGAAUUUGAUUGAGUAUUUGGAGAGUCGGCAUGAUGAGAACACGCUGAAUCUAUUCGAAGCUGGUUUUCAAAUGGAACCAAUUAUUCGUCAUCAUAUGGAUCAAAUCAACGCACCCAAUGUUAGGAAAUUCGAUGACGACGAAAUUGAAAGCAGUUUAAUUUGGAGCGAUUUCGAAAAUUGGGUGCUGUACACCAUGAAAGAUGAAAAUCAAUUCAGUCCGGAGGCUAUUCGCAAUUGGUUAUCGUGCUAUGCGAGAUUUGCUGAGGAUUUUUACAAAAAAGAUCAAUUGGUCAUGAGCAAAAUGGUUUUAGUUCGACUAAAAUUGAUUGCACACCUUGAUCUGAAUGCAUGCAAAGCCCAUCCACUUCUGCGUAAACAUCGCAGUGGUAUUGAACCGAAAAUAAUCGAUUCGUUGUUGCUUCCACAAAAAAAAAGAUAUGGAAAUUGCUUGCGAGCUCGGUCAAUACUUUUGCAAACGAAAUUGCAAGGCAAAAGAUCCGGGCCUAAUCGAAGAAAGUUCGGUCACUGUAAAGUCAUUUUCUGCAAAGUAUGCCGCUAAAAACAGGAAAAUGCAAGACGUUCUGGAUGUAAUCAAGGUAAUCGAGAAACAAGGAAUUGAAAGUAAGCAAAAGGAAUGGGAAGAUGGUCGAAAAUUAGUCGCUCAACUACGAAUGAGCAGACCGUCAGCGUGCAGCUAUUUUACUCGUUAUAAUCGUGAAAUUCGUCAUGAUAAAUUCUGUGAAAAAUGCCGAAUUGGUCGUGAAAUCCGAGGUGUCACAGUGGAGCAAUAUGAGCGCCCAUUACCAGAGCAUGAUUUUGAGAAGAAUGCCGUGGUCUUCGAACUAAAACCGCCCAUUGAAAUUGCGUGCUUGAGAGAUGUUCUCUAUGAAUUUGCGCGAUUUUGCAGCGGUAAGAAAGGUAAAAAUGCGGGUAUCAAAGGAAACUGGAUUGAAUAUGGACAAAUCUGUCAUUUUAAUGCAUCGAAAAGCAAACAAAUUCAUCUUGGCAGUACAUCGAAGUUCCAAUUGCGUGAAAAAUAUCACGUGGACGAUGAGUUUGAUGCAUUUGUGAUUAAAAACAGUUACAACUGUAGAUUCCAUGCCUUAGAUUUUAUGUUGCCACCACCAAUUUCUGAUGAACACAUCAAAAACGUGUGCACUCUGAAAGCAGACGAGGAUGAAUACUGUGGCUUGCAGUGGGCAUUGAAUGGAACGAGUCAUACGCAGAAUGAAGUGAUUGCACGGCAAAAGGAGUGCCCACAAAGUUUGACAUUGUCGGAAUUCAAAAAUUUUGGAUCAUCGUGCCGAUGGCCAUCGGUUGCAAUUGCGUAAAAUGUACGCAAUGAUCGAGAGUGAGGCGCUGUCAUUCGAAAAAUCGUCGGUAUUGUCGUUGAUCAUUCAAAUUCUUUGGGAAACUGGCGUAAGUGGUGACAGUGGUACAAUCCGAGAGUCACACACCGAUUUCAAUGAUCAACAAUUUGCGGCUGCUAUGAUCGAAAUGCUGGAAAAGUUCUGCGAACAACAGAAAGAUAACUGGGUCCAUCCCAUGAAGCUAUUGAUGGCCGCAUUCAUUGCAGUGCGAAUCUUUGAAAUAAACAGCGAUGAAAGUGUAGCCAAACUAAUCGUUCGGCUACUCAAAAAAAUUCGAGCUAUCGCAUUGGACUGGAUAGAUAAAAUCGAAGAGGCAAUCAACGAAAUCAAAAGUCCCCUUUUGACCAGCGAACAAGAGCUACGCAUGAAAUUGGUGCAAGUUGCAAUAGCUGGAGCCGUCACAUUUUUCGUACAUUCAAAACAUGAAUACUUCGAGAGAAUCUUCGUGGAAACUCAACGUUUGCCACCCAAAAAGGAUGAACGAUACACAGCGCCUCGAGUUUGGCUUCAGUUUGUCGUUACGUUAAGCAACAAUGUGCUGUUGAAUGUAAAACAGGUACAAAUGUCAGCAAGUGUACAAAUGUUCCUGCGUCUCGUUCGCAACAUAGGCAUUCACAUCGAAUCAACCAUUCGGCCAAGGAUCGAGCACAGUUCAAAGGAUGUCUACGCAUUGGUAAAGCAGCAAUGGACCCGAUCCGUUUCUGGAACAUUCGAACAAUCCUAUUUUCACCAAGAAAAUCCGCAAGUUUUUGUAAUUCACGUCAAAGUAAAAGACGUUGCCAAUUUUGUUACAAUCGAUUUGGUAACAGGCAGUUUUCUCGUCAAUAGCUUGCCAGUGGCUCGUUUGCCAAGCAACAUAACCCAAAGCGAACUGUUCGAUCGAGUGUUCGGCGACUUCAUUUUUGAAGUACAGCCCGACUCACAAAAUAGUUUCUCGGCCGUACAAAAGUACAACGAUUGCAGCUACGAAUUUCGUCGUGUGGGCAAUGGAACUGUGAUCAUCGAGCAACAAAACGGCGUUGAGCGUGAACUGAUUCCUCAUUCAAUUUUAGACGAUGAAAUUCCACAUCAUCUCAUCGACAGUUACAGCCACUUCUGGAAUAAAACCGAUAAUGUCAUCGAAUUCCGGCCAAAACUGUUCAACGACGCAAAUUUCUCGAAGGAAGACGGCAUUGAGUAUCGACUGGAUUUGCAAGAAAAACGAUUGAUUCACAUAAAAACCCAACGAUAUAUGCUUGAUAUCAACAGCAACAGCUAUUUAAAGAUUGUAGAACAAUUGUCACGACUUGAGUCUCCGAAAUAUAUUCACGUGUUGAUGGACAAGGAUAAUUCGCAAAUUGCGAAAGCGGAAUUGAUUCGAAUGCACCUGAAAUUCGUGGUUGAUUGCUCAACGUCGCACGAAACAUACGACUUGAUCUCGAAUGAAUACAGUCGAAUGCGUGUGAGUCUUACACAGAAAUGUGGCACUUUGUUUGGACUACAACAUGGUUUAUUGCUGGAAAGUGUUCCAUGCGAAAAUUCAUUCGAAAAAGUCAGCACAGGAAAAACAUCGACCAAAUUGCUGCUCAUUCCACACGGAAAUAUUCGAACAGAGCGUUCACAGUCGCAUGUCUCCGUCGAAAUCAACAUUGAGUCGGAUUUGUACAAUCCUCCGUUCCACGUGUAUCAAGUUGAUGACUUCUGUCGUCAGCUAAAAGCCACUAGCAGUAGCUAUUCAGCAUGGUUUAACCUGGCCUACUUGCACGCAGUGACAUCACACGGCCAAGUGGAGCCAUUCAUUAAAAUGUCGGGCACUGAACGCGCACUGCAAAUAUUACAAUCAGGUUUCACAUGGUCUUCGGCUCCGUACGACGCAGAGUCCACAAAAAUGCUACAGUUAAUCGCACAGUUAUCGCCAGAACGAAAGACAGAAGAGUCAUGGCAACAAGUGACUUGGCCAGAUUUUAUUCCACCCCAUUCGGCGCAAGACACAUUUGUUUUCAUCGCCCAUCAACUAUUGGAAGAUAGCCAACGAUUGCGUGGAUUGUACAAAAAUGAACAUGUGAACUGUGCCGAAUCAGAAGAAGCUCAACUGGAAAAUGAAUCACAAUUGAGCCAGAACAAACGACAAUACCUUCGAUGCUUGUCAUUGAUGCCCAACCUCAAGGUGUCUGACACAUUUUUGCAUCACGAAACACAAAGAACCUCGUCGAUUGAAACACCACCAUUUGUUUUAUGUAAACAAACACAAAUUAUUUCGAAUCUCUACCAUCGCAAAGCAUUCAAAGUACCAAAUGCUUUGGAUUUGCCGCAAUUUCUUCUGGAGAAUAAAACACUGGAUGGCACAGCGAAUAUGGAAAGUGUGAAAAAUUUGCUAAAACAUCAAGUAUAUGAGAAGUUUGUCGAUCUGUGGAUCCCUCUGUAUGAGUAUGCACGGCAAGGCAAACUAAAUGACGAACAGUUUACGUUGAUUUGGAGUGUUUUAGCGCAUGAAGAGAAAUCAUUUACACCGAUUUUGGCCUUGCAAACAAUUGCCAUGCAUCCGCACGUUUUUGAAUCAAUAAUUCCUCCACAAGUUGGGCAUUUCAUUCUCCGUGAAGGUAGUUUCGAUACUGAUGUACUUCAUUACUGUGAAACUAAAAUAGGAGAUAUAUUGGACCGAUAUCAUACGCUGCCACAAGGGUAUUUCAGUGAUGAAUUUGACCGUGAUACAUACGAUCAACGCAUAAAGAGGACAAUUGAGUAUAUGGUCGGUAUCGUGACAUCCCAGUGGCCUUGUGAUGAAAUUGACUUAAAACCUUAUUGCAUGUUCCAUCUCAUUGAUGACAUCGACAUUCAGUCAGCAAGCAUUGUCAUCAGUCAAAAUUUGAAGAUUUGGAACAAUAAUCGCAAACUUGUGAGAUUCAUCGAUAGCGUUCAAAAGACGUUGAUAUCUUUGAAUGGCUCUAACUAUGUUAAGUUGCCGAUCUUCCAGUCACUCUCGAUACCAGAUCCAAUCAAUUGGGAAAAGUAUGAGAUAGACUUCAAACAGAAAAUGUGUGAGUGCAUCGGUGAUUUUCAAGAUACGAUUGAAGAAGCAAAGAGGAUCUGGUAUGGCACAUCAAAACUCAGCAAAUCAUCAGAUGAGUGGUGGUCGAUUUACGAGAGAGUUGUGAAUGGUAUGAAUUCGCAACAUUUGAUCAAAGCCGGAAUGUAUCCGCGGGCAGUGCCGAGCUUAGUUCUACCACAAAUCACAUCGAAGGGAAAUAGUGACUUGAGAUCCAUCGUUGGUGCCUUGGCUAUAACAAUAGCACAUGAGCAGCGUGAAAAACGCAUCGAAAUCUACUCGCAGCAAGAGCAACUCAAAGUGGCACUGGAGAAGGAAAUCGAGAACAAGCCCCAUGAGAACUGGAAGCCAUGCGAUUACCCAGCAUGGUUGCUGUUUGAAAUCGAACAAAAUCUCACGAUCCGUCGAGUUCAAGUUGAUGUGGCAAACCAUAUGAUGAACCCAUCGCAAAACGAAGGCGCGGAUGACAAGAAGAAACACUCGGUGAUGCAGUUGAACAUGGGUGAAGGAAAGACGGCAGUAAUUGCGCCGAUUAUAGCAGCGGUAUUAGCCAAUGGCAAACAGGCAUGUCAAAUUACCGUAUUGAAAUCACUCUUCGCAACCAAUCUUAAGUCAUAUCGCCGAUACUUGGGCGGAAUGCUGAACAGACGAAUGUAUCUGUUUCCAUGCCGUCGAGACAUGCCGAUCGCAAACUUUGUCGGCCAAAUGAUGAACAUCUAUGAGGAAUGCAAGCGGAUGAAAGGCAUCAUUCUUGCAACACCCGAAUGGAGACUGUCAUUCCAGUUGAAGACAUAUGAAUCGAUACAAAAGUCAAAGUAUGAAACCGCAACCCACUUUUUGGAUAUUCACAAGUGGAUUAAUAUGAAUGUUCGAAGCAUUUUGGAUGAAUCGGAUGCAAUUUUGCAUGCAAAGUUUCAACUUAUCUACACUUUAGGCAAUCAAUUGCCACUGGAUGGAGGUGCACAUCGUUGGAUGGUUAUUCAGGCUGUCUUCAAACGAGUUCCGUAUCACAUGAAGAAGCUGAACGCAGAACUUGGUCCGGAAAAGAUCGAAUUUGAUGAGAAAUACAUUGAAAAAGGUCAUGUGUUUGGAGCGCCAAAAGUCGUCUAUCGUUCCGAUGUGUUCACACCAUGUCGGAUUUUGGAUGAAACAGUUUUUGAUGUAUUGAAAUCGUAUCUAAUCGAGGACUUUCUCAAUGGUCGCAUCAAUAUCGCAUUUCCCGAAAUGCUAACAUCAGCCAAGGAAGGUCUGCGACAAUUGCUGAGCGAGAAAAAUAUCAACAAGAAAAUGUUCAUGGAGAUUUUGAAAGAAUUUUCAUUGAGCGAACGCAAUAUCAUCAUGGUUAUGUGCGGAUUACUUCGAUUUGAAGUCUUGAAAUUGGUUUUGAUGCGACGUUGGCGCGUGAAUUAUGGUGUCAGUGAGAAUGGUCUACGAGAAAUGGCAAUCCCCUUCAAAGCUAAGGAUGUUGCAGCUGAUAUGACUGAAUUUGGACAUCCAGAUGUGGCAUUGUGCUUUACACACUUGAGCUACUAUUAUUCAGGACUCUCCGACGAUCAAUUGAAACAGACAUUCAACCUUUUGUCAGUGUCUCAAGAUGCGACCGGAAUCUACCAGAAAUGGAUGAAAAGUGUAUCACCCAAAUUGAUCGAUGUUUCGAUUCGAACCCAUACCAGCGUCAAUUUAAGUGAUCCACAGCAACGAGAUAAGAAGUUGUUUCCAGUCUAUCGCUUCAAUAUGCAUGUCAUUGAUUAUUUCCUAUCGAACGUUGUCUUUUCACGCGAAGCAAAGACUUUUGAAAAGAAGCUAAUGUGCACGGCUUGGGACUUAUGCAGCGACCACAUGCAUCAUCCAGUUACUGGUUUCAGUGGAACCAACGAUACCAAAAACAUUCUGCCGCUGCCAAUCGCACAGAAUGAUCUUCCUGAACUCGAAAGCACAAACGAAGACGUUUGCCGAAUGCUGCUGCGAUCGGAGAAUCAAGACUACGAAUGCCUACCGACAAAUGUCAGUGGAAAGGAAAUAAUCGAGCGAUUGGUUGAACGUGAGAUUCCGGUGCUGUUGGAUUCUGGAGCAUUAAUGCUGGAGUUGAAUAAUUUGGAAGUAGCCAAAAAGUGGUUGGAAUUGGCUCCAAAUAAUUCCUUCGAUGCUGCGAUUUACUUCGAUUCUCGUGACAUUCUUCAAACCAUCGAUCGAAAUGGUGUCAUAACCGACUUCGAUUGUUCGGUGUACCGUGAAAAUUUAGGCCGAUGUUUAGUCUACUUGGAUGAUGUGCACACACGAGGAACUGACUUGAAAUUCCCACCAAACUGGAGAGCAUGCGUCACUUUGUCUGGCGAUAUCACGCGUGACAAAACGGUGCAAGCAUGCAUGCGAAUGAGAGAAUUGGGUCAGGAGGAAGGCCAUUCGAUUGCAUUCUGGGCAUCAUUCGAAGCUGAUGUGAAAAUACAAAUACUCUGUAAAUUCGCUCUACCUCAUGAAUGCCUUCCCAAUCAGCACGUCAUCGAGUUCAUCUGUAGAAACAGUGAAAAUUUCGAAACGGAACAUACUGUUCACUGGGCAGCAGGCGCAUACAACUACACCCAGAAGUUGGUUGGCCAUAAAUUGCACGAGCAUUCGAAUGAUGAAGCAUCGUUGAAGAAUCUCUUGAACACUUGCGUUGACAGUGAGUAUGUAAAACUGGAAGAAGUUUACGGUGAUAAGGAGGACGCGCGAUUGGUUGAUAUAGCACGGAAUAAAUUCGAUAAAUUGGUCAAAGGAUUCAAAUCAGCGAUGAAUGAAGAAGAUAAAACAAAAGAAGAUGUGAUUCCGUUUGUUGUGAGAGUGCAAGAAGAUGUUUGCGAUAAGAUAAUGAAUCAUGCACCAAACGUCAAGCGAUUUAUGCAAGCUUUGGAUGAGGAACAGGAAAAAGAAUUGGAGCAUGAGUACGAAGAACAGCGUCAUGUCGAGAGACCGGCUGCAAUGAAUCCGGCCAUACCUGAAUUCGAUGAGCAACUCAAACAAUUGAUAUUGUCUGGUGCCAAUCAUGGACUCUUGUCGGAAUUGAAGAGAAAAGGGUCAAUUGUAUUUUUCGCCAUUGGACUCGCUCAAACCCAAUUGAAUCAAGAAUACGUGAAUGAACGUGCAUGGUCAAAGAAUCUGUUUGUAUCCAAAGACUUUGUUCAAGUCCUAUCGGAUCGUUCAAAUGCUAAAGAUGACUACUUGCGCCCAGUUUGGUGGAUUGCACGCGUUAACACACCAGCAAAUGAUGACUACAUUCUGGUUCUUUUGAGCUCUUUCGAGUGCGAUCGAUUGAUUUCUACAUUCAGAGAAAGCCAACAAUCUGUUUUGUGCAUGUACAGAUCGAGACUCAGCAAAUUGCACGACAAUUUACUACAUCAAACCAAUUUACAAGUCACAGGCAUAACCGAAGAGAUUCCACGAAUUAAUAUUUGUGAUGAAGUUCAAAUUGGAAUUUUCUCCGGCUCGAUGUACUUUAACAAUGAAGCAGAACAGAAUGCUUACUGCAGCUUCUUAGGUGUGAUCCCACGUCCACGGACUGAAGAACAAGAAGAAGCAUUCAAAAAAGGUGUAAUUAAACCAAAUGGAUAUGUCACACCAGAGAAUCGAUCACAUUCAAAAGCCAUAACUGAAGCGGUGGCCGCAUGCAAAUUCAAUAAAAAUCCCGUCGAUUUGGCCAUCAAACUAAUCGAAGCACAUCAUCAUUUGUCAGAUCGCAAAGAAUCUCAUGUUGCAUCGAUCUUGGAGCGUGGAUUCAAAAUGGAAAUCACAGAGAAUGCAACCGAUUAGAUUAAGAUUUAACACAAAUGUUCAACAUUUUGAAUCAUUCUCAUUGUUUUUCUACUUAAAAUAAUUUUUAAUAUGAUGCAUGCACAAUUAAUGAAGAAUUUUCUAUGAAUGUUUGCAAUAAAACGUAGAAAUCAUAAAUUAAAA